AUGCGACCAAACGCCAUCUCUGUGCUUGCAGCCUUUCUAGCUGUAGGUGGCCUUGAGCUUGUCGCAGCUCAGGAUGCCCCCGAAGCCGAUGUGGAGCGCCCGCGCUGGGACUUCCCACAGGAUGUCAAGCGCACGAUUCGCAACAACGCCGUCCGAAACGCUGAUGCUGACCCCGCCUCGUUCAUCAACAGUGUCCUCAAUGAAGUUGUCUCUACCAAGAGCUCUUCCACCCAAUCAGAGGUCACCCCCACUCCCGAGAGCUCUGCUGCUAUCCAACCCACAGAGGGACAAGAGGUUGUUGUUGUAACCAUCUCGAUUGACCCUAAGAACCCCGAGAUCACCCACCGUAUCACCGGUACUACGACCAUUGGUAGCGAGCCAACUGCUACCACAACCACGACUACCGAGAAGACUGAGGGUUCGAGCACAGAGAACACCUCUCAGGAGAACUCCGAGGUCGCUUCCGCCGACGCGGAAACCACGAGCAAGGAGGGAUCGACCGUGGACAAGGCAGUUAAGGCUUCGACCACGCCUUCUCCGACUCCAACCCCUAUCGACAGCCUGCUAGGUGAGGUGGAAUCAGGUUUGAGUGGCAUCCUUGGCGGCGACUCGACUACCAGCUCCACGCCUUCGACUACCAGUUCUAUCUCUGCGGCUGCUAGUUCUAUCCCCCCGACUGAUAGUCCUAUUUCUGCGACUGAGGGUCCUAUUUCUGCGACUGAUAGUCCUAUCUCUUCGACUGCUAGUCCUAUUUCUGCGACUGAUAGUCCUAUUUCUGCGACUGCUAGUCCUAUCUCCUCGACUGCUAGUCCUAUCUCUUCGACUGCUAGUUCUAUCUCUGCGACUGAUAGUUCUAUCCCUUCGAGUGCUGAUUCUAUUUCUGCGACUGAUAGUUCUAUCUCUUCGAAUGCUAGUUCUAUUUCUGCGACUGACAGUUCUAUCUCCGCGACUGCUGGUUCAAUCUCCGCGACUGCUAGUUCUAUCUCCUCGACUGCCAGCUCUGUCUCUUCAACUGCCAGCUCUGUUUCUUCAACUCUCCCAACUGUGAUCCCCACCCCCGACUCAUCGUCCAAAGUGUCUACCCCUGCAUCCGCUACAACCACCGACGGUCCUCUUGGUGAAAUAGGAUCAGGCCUGAGUAAACUCUUCCACGAUACAACCACCAACAGCUCCUCAACUGCAACGCCUGCUGCCUCGAGUGUCAACAUGAUUAGCAGCCCGAGCGCAAGCGCAACCGCGACAAGCUCGGGAUUAGAUCUCCUUGACCUUUUGGGCCUGGGUGAGAAGUCUUCCACAGGCAACAGCACCAGUGCGACCCCGUCCUCGGAAGUUUAUAGUCUGCCUACCAUCCCAGUCAGCAUUCCUGCUUCCACCACUGGCUUGCCCUCGACUACCCCCACCCCUACCGCAUCUUCAAGUGCAGAUGAUUUCCUCGACGGCAUCGCGUCCAGCGUGGAUUCUUUACUCGAUGGUUCUACUUCUUCGGGCGCCGGUAGUACUGCUUUGAUCCCGACUGCGACAAUGCCUAACGGUAGCCUUCUGCCGUCCAAAUCCACUGGUAUAAUUCCUACCUUGAGUCAAGGUACCAAUACUGGUGGUAUCCCCACCCCCACCAACUCUAUUGGGUCGAUUCCCGUCCCGCACUUGCCCGGCUCGGAGUCUACCUCGACCACUGGAUUUGGCACCGUCUCCGGCACCGUCUCCGGCACUGUAUCCGGCACUGUAUCCGGCACCGUCUCUGGUUCAAGUACCGCUUCGGCCCCUGUCUUGGAAUCUACCACUACUGCAUCUGUUCCCGCCAGUAGCUCUCACGAGACACCGAAGGUUCCCACGCCUACCUUCCGCCCAUCGUCACCCCCUCUUCCCGUGUUAACAUCGACGAGCGAAUCGAGCACGGCCGAGACCUCUGUGGAGCCCCAGACUAUGCCAAUCGAGACGCCUGCGCCCUCUGCACCCAAUGAAAAUGAUUGGAUGCCAUCGACCAUCCUUAUCAUGCCUACGGCUGCCACUACUGAGAGCUCUACCUCCGGCGAGACCGAGAAGCCUAAGCCAACAUCGCUCCCCGGUUCUAUCACCCCGUCAAACGACGUCACUGAGGCUCCGUCUGAUACUGUCUUGCUUCAGCUUGGAUUCAACAACCAGUUGCCUUGGUCCUUUGUGGCAACUACCCCGUUGUCGUCGUCGCAGAUCUUUAACUACACCCCCCAGGCCAUUGAAAAGGCCUUGCCAGCUCUCUCUGCCAAGGACAGCCCAGUUAUGUUUGCUCUUGAGCCUUAUUACAACUGGCAGGCUACCGGAUACAAUGCCACACUUGCUAUCUUCUAUUUCCCCCGCGAUAAGGUCGAUGCCCUGAAAGCCCUGAAAGUCAACCCCAACUCUGCUCUUUACCACCAGUCUAGCGAGUCUAUUCAGUCCCUAAUGGCCAUGGUUGACCCGACAAUCCCUCUUGAAUUUUCUGGCAAUUACCCUAGUGGUAGUAGCAGUGAGUCGACUAGUGGCCACACCCACGGCAGCACCGAUAAUGGUUCGGAUGAUGGCAACAAUGACAACGGCGAUGGCUCUACCGGCAGCUCCAAGGCCAAGGCUAGCUCCGUUGGUAUCGGAGUUGGUGUCGUGGCUGGUGCUGCGGCGUACGGUGCUGGUAUGUUCUGGGUUGCCCGCCGCUACCGCAAGAGAAAGCAGCUGCACCAGCGCUCCAGCUCGACCGUCGAGCAGAUGAGCCAGGGAGGUUCUGCCGGUGGCUCGAUGUUCGCUGCCGGUGGCCGUGCUCCCAGCCAAGGUAGUCGCGGAACCGCUCGCUCGCAGAUGAUCAGCGCCCCCGUUAUGGCGGAGAACUCUUUGGGAUGGAACUAG